AUGGCCGAACCCAAGAUGGCCACGAUUAUCGCUCAACAGAUCUCUGACGAGUCGCAGUCUACUUCAUUCAACAAUGAAAAGAUGAGUGAAGAGCCAAAGUCCUUCAAGACCAUUGCUGAAAAGUAUGCGGAUGCGACAUUGCGAUUUGUGGAGGAAAAUGAACACUGUGCCCCCUUGACUCUAGAGGAGGAGAAGAAGGUGCAGAGGAAGCUUUAUCUGCAUGUUGUGUUUCUUGUCUUCGUCAUCAACUUGGUGCUGUUUAUUGAUAAAUCAACGUUGUCUUAUGCCUCCAUAUUGGGAUUAUAUGAAGGGACUCAUAUCGAUGACACGAAGUACAAUAACCUUAACACAAUUUUCUAUGUUGGAUACACUGUCAGCCAAUGGCCUGGAAACUACCUGUUACAGCGACUCCCAUUCGGAAAGUUCAUCGCAACUACAAUUUUGACCUGGUCUAUCUUGAUUUUUCUGCACUGCGCCGCAUCAAGCUAUGGGGGACUUAUCGUACUGCGCUUCUUCCUGGGUGCCGUCGAGUCAGUCGUGGUUCCCGCGUUGGAAAUGACUUUGGGAAUGUUCUUCACCCGCAAGGAGCAAUCGACCAUCCAGCCCAUCUUCUGGAUCGCCUGUAUGGGGGCAAAUAUCCCUGCCGGUUUCAUAGGCUAUGGCCUCCUAUUCACUCACAGUACAGUGUUGCCCUGGAAGUUCUUCAUGAUCAUCACGGGUGGCCUCACUUUGAUACUGUCAGUGUACAGCUGGUUCUUCUACCCCAAUAACCCAGCCGAAGCUUGGUUUUUGACAUUACCAGAAAAGUUCUACGCUGUCAAGCGCGUCCACGACUCGACUCAGAGCUCUAUUGAGCAAAAACAGUUCAAAAAGUCUCAGUUCAUAGAGACCCUUCGUGAUCCUGUUUCUUGGCUUUUUGGCCUCCAGACUUUUACACUGAUGCUCUCCAACAAUCUCGCCUACCAGCAAAAUCUGCUAUUUGUCUCAUUAGGUGUCUCGAAUCUGGGUAGUACCCUUGUCAGCGUAGCGUCGGGUGGCUUCUCAGUCAUCUGCUGUAUCAUCGCCGCCGUCCUACUAAAGUUAUUCCCUGGAAAGAUCGCCUACUGGGGUACAUUCUGGUGCAUACCUGCAGUCGCUGGUGGAAUUGGCAUGGUCGCUCUGCCCUGGUCCAAUAAACUAGGUCUACUCGCUUGUCUCAUCCUCGCGGGCGGGACUUUUGGCAUCACGUACAUCCUCUCGCUGGGCUGGACCUCAUCGUCAGCAUCUGGGUAUACGAAGAAACUCACCCGCAACGUCAUUUUCAUGAUUGCGUACGGUAUCGCAAACAUUGUGUCGCCGCAGAUUUGGACCGCGAAUGCAGCGCCGAGGUAUUAUGCUGCUUGGAUCGCGCAGAUUGUCAUUUCUUGGGUUGGCACGCCUGCCAUCUUGCUCUUGAUUCGCUUCAUUCUUGUUCGGAGGAAUAGGGAGCGUGCUAUUUGGGUGGAAGAUCAACAUAAACUUGGCUUCCAGGGCGAGGGCUAUGUUGAGAGAAUUGAUGGUGGGAAUGAUGGACAUGGCGUCGUCAAGGCUAAGGUUGACCAAGCUUUGUUGGAUCUUACAGACAUGGAGAAUAAAUACUUUGUCUACCCAUUGUGA